AUGAGAAAAGUGAGUCUCAGAUAUUCAUCAACAACACCGAAUAUAAAACAAAGAAAACAUCAUUCACAAAUAAUAUCCAAAUAUAAUCAUAAUAAUGGAAUAAUAAACACACAUCGUCCGUUAUCAGCCCCUUCAACUUUUAACCACAUUCACAACAAGAAUAAAGUAAAAGGUCGGAUAAAAUUACCUCCGCCAUUCCUAUUGACCGCUAAAUCUGCUUCAUUAUGUGUAACAACAAUAAACACAAUCAGUUCUCCAAUGCCUUCAGCAUUUACAAAUACAGAAUUUUCAGCAUAUAGUAAAGGAGGUAGCGGUAGCAGUUGCAAUGGUGGUGGGUCUUUAAGGGUAAAUUCAAUUGGAGCUAGUCCAACACGACAAAAAUCCUCGUUUUUUGAUAGACGGGAAAUAAAUUUAGAUGGGGAUGAAGAGAUUGUCGAAGGUUAUUUCACUGGAUUAGGGAAAAAAGUUAAAAGUUUAGGGAAAUCCAGCACAAAAGGAUUAUCAAGAUCCAUAAGUUUUGGAAGGAGAAAAAUUAAUCGCAGUGCAAGCCUUAAAAGUUAUAAUAAUGCUUGUCGUAAAGAAGCAAGUUUAUUUGAUCGAUUAGAAAAGAAAUUAUUUCGAAAACAAAGUUAA